AAAUCAUCGUGAACAUAGUAGACUUUUGAAUAUUUUGGAGGGAUAUGACGGUAACAGUACAACAAGACCAAUCAUUGAUCUUCGCAAACCUCAUUAAAAUAGUGUGUUCACCCUUCACUUGGUCGCUGUUGUAAGAAUAGAUGCACAAAUGAUUUGACCUCAACUCUCUCUACAGUUGUGUUCCAUUGACAAAAACAAAAAACCAAAAAUGGCGACAUACAUCAAGAACAGUACUUGGGCGGAUACAAUCCCAUCAAGAUCCGAUACUCUGUUUUCUUCUCUCUCUUCCUCAGAAGGGUUUGGUCGACGCUCGGCAGUCAUGGCGUCCUGCGUUGAACGCGAGAUCAACGCCUUUUUGUGGCUCGCUCUCAUAGGCGUCACCGCCUAUUUGCUCAGGAAACUGUUUAAGGUGUUCGAGGUAUGGGCCAAGGCCGGGCCUUUACCGGGCCCCGCGUGUGGUUUCUAUGGCCACUGCCACCUCAUCGCCGGCUCCAAUCUCACCGAUGUUCUCCAUAUGUGUCACGAGAAAUAUGGAGGUGUUGUAAGACUCUGGCUUGGGCCUACUCAACUGUUGGUCUCAAUAGAGGAUAAAGAACUUAUCAAAGAUGUCCUUUUGAAGGCUGAAGAUAAAUUGCCUUUAACGGGGAGGGCAUUUCGUUUGGCUUUUGGGAGAUCGAGCCUUUUUGUCUCGUCUUUCGACAAGGUAGAACAUAAACGUAAGUCAGUGGAAAGGAAACUUGGAGGUACGUUGCUCAAGAGAAUCAGUUUGAUCCCUGAAAAAAUACUGGAUAGCAUCAUAGAAAGAGCUCAAUGUGCAAUAGCUAAAGGAGUUGUGGAUUGUGAAACUAUUUCUCUGCAUCUAGCUUUUACCAUUCUAGGAGCUACAAUAUUUGGUGAUGCAUUGUUAACAUGGCCUAAGGCAGCUGAAUACGAGGCGCUAUUAAUGGAGAUUGCUAGGGAGGCAUGCUUUUGGGCAUCUUAUGGUGUUACUCCAUUCUGGAAAAAGGAAUUUUGGAAGUUUAAGGACUCUUGUACUGAGUUGAAGUGCUUAACUGAGGAGCUCAUACACGAAAGCAAACAGAACUGCAAGUCAGACUUCUUACAGGAUUUUGGUGGCCAUGAUGACAUGGAAUGUGAAUUAUGUGGGGAAGUAGUUAGUCUGAUCUUUCACGGAUCUCUGACCAUGGGUGCACUUAUUGCUAAUGUCUUGACGAGGCUUGUGACACAUACAGACAUACAGGAUAAGUUUAUUGUGGCAAGCAUGAUUUUUAAUCGAUUUCUCUGGUGUGUUAACUCUGAUGCACUCAUGCUUUAUGCUUCUAUUUUCAAUGUCAUUAAUGAUUACAUUGCUUAUUGCAAAGGUGAAAGUUGUAAUAGAGUUGUUGCGGUUCAGAAAAAUGUCGGGCCGAACAACGUUAAGUUAGAAGAAUUGAUUCACUCGGAAGUGAUAAUGGCACCAAAAGUUAGGACGAUUGCAGAUCAACAGGCUGUGGAUGUGAAUUGGCCCAUUCUCCUGGCAACUGUAUAUGAAUCAGCCCGUCUUCUUCCAGCUGGACCUCUACUCCAAAGAUGCUCUCUCAAGCAUGAUUUGACUCUUAAAAAUGGUAUGGUGAUACCCGCUACUUCCAUGAUUGUUGUGCCGGUUCAGUUGGUUCAAAUGGACACUUCGAAUUGGGGAAUUGAUGCUGGCAAGUUCAACCCACACAGAUUUCUUUCGAGCACUGGUGCCAAAUGUGUUUCCACACAUGUGACUCGUGAUGAACACAAUUCAUGCACUUUGAGAGAUCCAAGCGAAUUCGAAGCAUUUCUUCCUUUCGGAUUUGGUGCACGUGCUUGCAUUGGACAGAAGUUGGCGAUUCUUGGAAUUUCAUCAUUGUUUGCUGCCCUCAUUGGUCAAUACGAGGUAACCCUGCGAAUAGGAUCCGAAUGCAACAUGAAACCCGCAAUAAACAACUACAUGCUCCAGCUUCGUCCGAGUCCAAAGAUAGUUUUUGUGAAGAGGAGCACAAUUGUAAGGAAAGAAUAGAGCUAAUAUUUGUCAUGAGUUUGAAGAAGGUGGUAUAUGAAAGAUUGUGUUGGCACUCAAAGUUGGAGGAUAUUUUUUCGACUCGGGUGUUUUUUCCUCCAAUAUAUUUAUGUGUGUUUCUUUAAUCUUUUCGUUUUGGUUUUUCGUGUGGCACUUACUAGCGCCUGUCUUUUUGUUUAAGCCAAAGUGUUGUAAUUAGUGUUUGAAGCGCUAGGCCACUGUUAUCAGGCAGACAUUGAUGGUUCUGAACAUUUUUUCGACGAAUUUGUAAAGACUUGGACCUUUUUUUUCCUCUCUUUCUGGUGAGAGUUGUGUUUGUAAUAAAAAUGGUGAGGUGUUUGUUAUUAUGAGAAUCAUUUACAACAACAGUACAUAGCUCUUUAGCUGUAAUGUAAUGGGAGGUAGGCCAAGUCGGCCUAUGUGAUUUGAGUUCGCCAACGAUUAUUUGGACGGCAAAUUAUAUCUCAGCUUGUUUGUUUAAUUUGUUGCAAGAAUGGGAGCAUUUGGAUAUUCAAUUAUUCAAGUUUUUGUUUGGU